CGUUGCGUGAAUGAUUGUUGGUGCCGAAUUCGUUUUGAUUAGUUCUAAAGACGAAGCGGCGAACAUACGCGAAGUGAGACGAACCCACAGGAUUAAAGAAAGAAAACUAAUCGAAAGUUCAAAACUUGUAAAGAUUGUCAGCCAAGUUCGGACUUAGCACAUAUAAAGCACGUUUAAAUAAUUGUUUAGGUUAGGUCGCGUCCAGAAAAAUAGAGGCGCUUGCGGACUUGCGUGCGCGAGAAUAAUCAAAAUCGAUGCAGUAGUGAAGUGUUCCCGGCCGUCUUGCAGUUUUUUAAAAAGUUUUUUCCUUCAACGUUCAUCAUGUCAAACGGAAUCUCAAUGUCAAACAACGUUAAAUUAGCUCACCAAACAAAUUACAAAGCUUCCACAGCUGCCACCAGUGUAGAAGGUCAAGGAAAGCUUGCAACAAGAGUGACACAAUCUAAUAUGUCUCAUUCGGCCAUUAAGAGAACUGCGGAUGCUGCAUUAGAAGGUGCUCCUUGUUCAAAGAAAAGGCAUAAGAAUCCACAGCCGAAGAAUGCAGUAUGUGCAUUAAAUGAACUGAAAACAGGUGCAGUUUACAAAGUUGUGUCCCAAACUGGCCCAACGCAUGCUCCUAUUUUCACUAUAGCUGUGCAAGUUGAUGGACAGACAUACGAAGGAAAAGGUCGUACUAAAAAAUUAGCAAAACAUGCUGCAGCUGAACUCGCUCUAAGGAACAUUGUUCAAUUCAGAAACGCUCCUGAGAUAGUUAGAGUUAUCAACACUAAUUGCCCAACGACUCCACUGGAGCCAGAUUUUACGAGCGACGUCACCGAACGUGAUAACCACCUGGUAAACGCUUUCAAAACUCUAUCCCAAGAACCAAAGAACGCCAGUAAAUUUUUGGAUAAAGGUCCAGUCGCUUUAAUCAACGAAUUAUAUCCAGGCGUUGCUUACAAAUGCACUUCUGACACGGGUGAAAGUUACGCAAAGUUUACCAUAGCAGUGACAAUAGAUGGAGAGUCUUUCGAAGGGACAGGUCCCAGCAAAAAACUGGCGAAAGCGGCUGCGAGUAAGGCAGCUUUGGCUAAAUUGCGAAAUGUCCACAGCUCAUCGUUCUGCAUUCCAUUACCAGUGAGAGUAAUGCCUAGCUAUGCUAAUUCGGGACAUUGGCAAGAGCAGAUGAGCCUACCACAAAUGUUAGCAGAUAAAAUAGGCAAAAUGGUAAAUCAAAAGUUCACUGAAUUAGUACAGAAUAAACCACAACAUGCCAGGCGCAAAGUUCUGGCUGGAAUAGUUCAAACCAAAGGCACGGAUACAGAAUUAAUCUGCGUGACAACUGGUACUAAAUGCGUUUCAGGUGAGCAUAUAAGCGUCAGUGGUGGGGCACUGAAUGACUGCCACGCAGAGGUCAUAGCACGGCGAUGUCUUUGUGAAUACCUCUAUCGACAGUUAGAAUUGCAUACAGAGAAUCGUGAAGAGGAGUCCAUUUUAGAAGCAGCUAAAAAAGGAUACAAAGUUAAGCAAGGUAUUCAAUUUCAUCUUUAUAUUAACACUGCUCCUUGCGGCGAUGCCAGGAUUUUUUCUCCCCAUGAAGAGAACGAGUCAGUCGAUAAACAUCCAAACAGACGUGCCAGGGGACAGUUAAGAACCAAAAUCGAAUCAGGCGAGGGAACUAUUCCUGUAAAGAGUUGCGAAGGAAUCCAAACGUGGGAUGGAGUUCUCAUGGGACAAAGGCUGCUGACGAUGUCUUGCUCGGAUAAAAUAGCUCGCUGGAACGUUUUAGGAGUACAAGGAGCACUCCUGAGUCAUUUUAUAGAGCCAAUUUACUUCCACAGCAUCGUUCUUGGCAGCUUGCUCAAUCCUAGCCACAUGUAUCGAGCGGUUUGCGGACGAAUUGAGAACACGAUACAGGGCUUACCACCUCCGUACAGACUCAACAAACCACUGAUGAGUUUGAUAACCUCCUCAGAAGUUCGUCAACCUGGUAAAGCACCCAACUAUAGUGUCAACUGGACAAUCGGACAACCGGAAGCAGAAGUGAUAAACUGCACAACUGGUAAAGACGAAUUAGGCAAACCGUCCAGAAUAUCAAAACAAGGGCUAUUCCGGAAAUUCUACUACCUGUUGGGAAAUCUUAAAACCAUUGACGACGCUGAUCAGAACGAAUGCCGCCAUUAUCUGGAAGCUAAGGCUUCUGUGCAAGAUUAUUCGGUGGCCAAACGACAGCUGAAAGAUGCCUUCAUCAGAGCUCAACUGGGUAACUGGGUAAAGAAACCCAUUGAACAAGAUAUGUUCGAAGUCGAUAUCUGACUAGUCAAGGGUAACGAACCUCGAAUUGGCCCUAAAUCUCGAAUUCCGGAGUGCGUUGUUCCGAGUGUAAACUAGAUCGCUCGUUCAGUGUGUCACGGAAUGGCAGAGGUUGGUAUUAGUAAAGCAUAAAUUUUAGGAUCUCAACAUACCAUAAAUAGUGUUGAAUUGUACGUUGAAGCAAAAGCCACUCUAGUAAUAAUAUUUACAGGGUGCCAGACAUAUUGCUCGAAUGUUAGUCGUAAUACGCGUAGGAAAAUUCGACGAACGUUUUCAUUUUUGUCGCGUAAGUUAUCCUUGAAGAAUACUCAGCUCCUCGAUAAAUUUCAAAAACUUUCUAAUGCUCCGUAUACGCGGGUAAAUAAAAUGUAUUUAUACAUCAAACUUUUAGUAUUCACUUUACCGUAGUCUAGACAUUUAAGUAGGAUUACAAGUAUCCACAAAAUGCGGAUAAAGCUCAGGGGAGCCGCGGCAGUCGAGAAAAGCUCUACCUUUUCAUAGUGCAUCAAGUUCGUUCUUAGACACUAGGUAAAUUAAGUCAUUUUUGACAAUUCCAUAGACUGUUGGAAAAUUAAGACAAAACCUAAACGUUUCGCGUACGAUCGGAAAAAAAGUAGCAGCCAGUAGAGUAGACCAGGAAAUCAAACAGAUCUAAUACUGACAACUUGAAUUUUGUGCAAAAACUGGUAUGAUAAACCAUUUAGAUGUAAUUUUGAGUUAUUGAUCAAUUUUCAGUCCGGCAGUAGACCUUACGUUUGCUGCAAGUAUUAGAACCGUGGUGCGUUCUAAUAAGGAAGCAAACAGGUACAUACCCUUUCUUCAGUUUCGUACCAUGGUUCUCGCACGUAAUGCUCCAAUGCGAAUGCAGUUACGCGCAAAUUAAAUAGCAGUAAGUCUAUCAUAAAUAUUAUUCCAGUUCAGUCUCUUUAUGAUAUUUUGUAGAAAUAAGCAUACUAUCAAAGACCACCUCAAAAAAAGGAGAGUAAGUCUUUUCUUAAAUUUAGAAUUAGAAAAUGCUGCGUCCGCCUAUUUAUUAAUUUGUAUAUCCCAAUAUUAUCCCAAGGCUGUGAUUGGAUCUUGAAUCGAACCAGUUUACGGACGCGGUAAUCAGUAUUUGACAAGAGUGAAAAACGUCAAACUUUUCUUAAUUUAUUUUCUUCCAUUUUUUCAAUAUAAAACAAUACCAAUGAGUUUCUAUGUGAAGCAGAAAAAUGACUUGCGUAGAAUAUAUAACCUAUCUUUUUUUUCUUGUUUUUUUCCCUUCAAUCUACAAGCAAAGUGAAGAUGCCAUUUGCGAGGCCUAAAUUUUACAAAUUUUUUCCCCCGUACUCUGCUUCUGUAUACGCUGUACGAGUAGGUAGCUACACUUGAAAUAAUAUAGAAGUAGAGAGUUCUAAGAUUAAUUGCCUCACUAUGCCAGCAUCAUCAUAAUUGUAGUACUGCCGUAGUGACACACUGUUCGACGCCGAUCCAGUUUGUGUAAAAAACUCAGAACACACGUCAUAAAAAAUAGCGCACUCCCGAAAUCGAGCAUCUCUAGCUCCGAUUACUUUAGGCGAAAAAUGUAUUGCAAGUAUGAUUCUUAAAGCCAAAGUUUUUUUCACAAAGUUGUAAUGAAGUUAUAUAAGGAUUAUGUAUCUACACAAAAAUGUAAUUUACUUACAUAAAUUUACGUUCGAAAGAAGUACGUAACCGUGUUUAAAACCAUUUUCUUUUAUUCUUAAUCAAAACUACUACUUUAAAGUGCCAAUAUAAAAGUAUGUUAUGCGGACGUGCACACACAAAUCGUCAGUGUGCCUAAUUUGACGUAUAUCGCUGCGUGCCAGUGUUAGGCAAAGGAUUCUGCAUACUAGGGAUGAGAGCGCAAGUGUACUUAAAAGGCCAAAUUUUCGUAUUCGUAAUUAUAAGAUGAAUGAUCUGACUUUACGAAUAAUUCUUAAGUACUGUAUAUUUGAUGUGAAAAUCGUUGAUCGAAAAAUUAAAGGACAACACUGCAUACGGGCAUAAGUGCUAAAUUUCGGAAAUGCAUUUUAUUUGAUUAAACUAUUUUCUUUAACCUGAAUCAUGUUUCUGUAGAUGAGUAUGUUCCAUUUCUAUUUAGAAGUGUGUCGAAAUCCAUGUUUGGUAUUCUUUGUUUAUAAGGUAAUUUCAUAUUUUUGCCUGUUCUUUUCACAAUUCAAUAGAGCUCAGUAAUUGAUUGAAAGGACUUUUUAUUUAAAAAAUAAAAAAGCUAUGCAACUCUUUGUGUGUCAGUAUUUUCGUUUUUGGGGACGUGUCGCAACAGUGAUACGGGUUUUUCUCGGAUGUGGUUGCUUCUUCCAGUACUUCGAAUGUACUUUUUUUCUAAAUUAAAAAAUAAAAACAUUCACGCAAAUUAUACAUAUCAAAAUUGGAGUUUUUUUUUAACGCCCCGAUCUUUGACAAUGGCUUUCUCGCACAUGGUUAUUUUGUUAAACGCUAUUUUAUUUAUCCAAUAGAGCUAACUAAUAGCUCGAGAUUACAUUCUAGUUUUCAUUCUUAAUUUAAAAUUAAAACAGUUAUGCAACUCUUUAUGUGUCAAAAUCAGAGUUUUUAGGGACGCGCUGUUCCUUUAACAAAGGUUUUCUAGGAGAUGGAAGCCUCUGUCAAGAUGUUCGUUUCACUGUUUGAUAAAGUGUAAUAAUACCUCAAACCAUUUUUAACAUUUGUUUGUUAAAAAAUUAUUUGCUGGAAGGUUGGACAGUUUUUUGUUUUCCUCUCAAACUCGGUUUUUGGCACUUGCGUCCGUAUUAGGGCACCCAGAAAUAUACAUUAUGUCAUUUUAAACCAGCGCAGUCGCCAAAUCAACAAAAUGAUUUUUAGUACUUUGUUUAGUAUUUUGAAUUUUUCUCUUCAGGUGUGAAUUAAAAUAGAAAAGUCUCUAAAGAGCCUGAAGCGAGACUUCAGGUGUAACCUAGACGACAGUUUUAGCGUUAUUAUCUGCUAUUCAACUUAUUGAAGUCAAGUAUCUCCCUGGGGUUCGGGUAUUGCAAAAAAGUUUAUUGGCUACCCAGAAAUUGCAAACCAAAUUUAGGAAAUGUACUGAUCUACAGGUUAGGGCCUGUAACACGGGGCUUUGUAGACAAACUUGCAUGUGGAAGUCCUAAUACUCUAACAAUAAGCCAUUUUGAGUUCAAUUGGGCUGCAAUAAAUUCUGCAGGGUACGGAUGAAGCUGCUGUUGGGCAGCUUCUUUGGGCAGAUUUUGUUAAUAAAUCUUUUCUCAAUAUCCUCAAAAACUUUAAAAAAAUUCAAGUUGAACAAUUAUAUCUAAAGCUCGCUACGGCAUGCUGUGACAACUCUUAUGGGUGCGUUUGACCACUUAUAGCGACACUAGCGCAUCUAAGUGGAGGUCGCUAACUGAAGUGUGUCUAUGUGUACGUGCACGUAUGCGUGUGUAUUAUUUGAACUUGUUGCGUGAAUGAAAAUUAGAGAAAAUAAACGAAUCAAUUCAAAAUUAUACAAAUUUAAGACGAAAAAUGUAUAAAUACUGUUUCCCAUAUAAUUUUCCGGCAUAAAUUGGUACAAUUCUGCAUUAAUUAUCCAAUAAAUAAAUAAAGAAAUACAUGACACA